GUCGAGGUAUUCGAAGAGGAGGGAGGUGGUGUGGAAGGUGAGUUGUUGGAUUAGCCAGGUUGUGAGGGGGAGGGUGUUCAUUUUGGGUGUGUGUAUGUUGUAGCUGUAUGUUGUGGUUGUAUACUGUAGUUGUAUGCUGUCUGUGUGUGUGUCUGUGUGUAUGUCUGUAUGUCUGUGUGUGUGUCUGUGUGUAUGUCUGUAUGUCUGUGUGUGUGUCUGUUAUAUGUUGUCUGUUAUAUGUUGUCUGUUAUAUGUUGUCUGUUAUAUGUUGUCUGUUAUAUGUUGUCUGUCUGUUGUAUAUCAAUAUGUAUGCUGUCUGUCUGUCUGUUGUAUGGAUAGUCCGUAUGGCAGGAGCAAUUUAUAUAGUCAAGCGUAUAUGUCAAUCUCAUGGCUCAGUCACGCAACAUCCGGGCUUUCCGUCCCCAUAACUGAAAAGUAGACAUGCAUAUCGGAGCUCGGUCGAUACAGACCGAUAGCUGAAGUGUUGACGACUGUGGCAGCUGGACAGUGGUUCAACUCGCAUGGGACAAGGCAGUCAUCCAAUUAUUGGCAGAAGAGAAGACUGACUCAUGAAUUGAAUAGGCUGGAUUUCUCUAUCGUCA